AUCAUAGAAGUUACUUCACUUAUUAUGUACAUAUUUGUGUAAAUAUAUUGUUUCAAGCACGAUGGUUGUAUACGUAUUUUAGCUAGAGGAACAUGGUUGGAUUCGUUAAAGGGAAACGAAUAGCUACAUAGAGACAACAGAACGCACAAUAGUAUCAGGUUGUACAUUUCAUAAUUUACUAAUUUAAAUUGCUUGUACAUAAUUUACUGUUACAAAUAUGCUAUGCUUUAAUUGUGAUCUUUCUUAAGAAGGAAAUUGACGUAUUUUUUAAAUGUAGGUAAUGAACCCAUUGGACGCAAUGUGUCACAUAAAAAGGGAUGACGCAGUCUGUGUGAGUAAUUUAAAAUCAGCGAAACCCGUGGACCAAGCGCUACUGCAAGAGAGGCCAGACGUGAAAAUAUUUCUACCGUUCCGUUUCCACUUCUACAAACCAAAAGACCUCUUCAAGGAGAACACGUACAGAAACUUCUUAGUGGCACCAGGCGGAGACCACGUGCUGAGCUUGGUCGACGAGAUAUCAUACAGCGCGCCUCCCGCCCCGCCGCUAUCACAAAUGCACGAGCUAUCCCCAGACCUCUUCUGUAAUGGAGACAACAGGCCUCCUAACUGCCCGGUCGAUUGUCGCUGCACUCAUAUGAUUGACGUUCCUCUAAAUUCUAUCGUUGAGAUCGUGCUGGUUGAUGAAGUACAGUCACCAAAUCUUUCUCAUCCAUUCCACCUGCACGGCACACCUUACAACGUCAUCGGUAUGGGCCGAUCGCCGGACAAAAACAUAAAGAAGAUCAAUCUGAAACACGCUCUUGACUUGGAUAGGAAGGGUCUGCUACAUAGGCAGUACAAUCUACCACCAUUCAAGGACACCCUCGCUGUACCUAACAACGGAUACGUCGUUUUAAGACUAAAAGCUGAUAAUCCAGGAUACUGGUUGUUCCAUUGCCACUUCAUCUACCACAUCGUGAUUGGGAUGAACCUGAUCCUCCACAUAGGGACGCAGCGGGACCUGCCGCCCGUCCCGCCGAACUUCCCUCGCUGCGGUCACCACUUACCAUCAAUAACACCACCUUUCUAUCCGAUACACUGAUAGCAUGAAAGCAUACAAACAUCUCGACGGUUCCUUAGUAGAUUAAAAGUAGAUGUUAAGUAUACUUUCAUAAAUGGUUUUACUUUACGAGUACAGACAACGAUGUAAUUGGUUAAUUGUAACUAAAUUCGAAAUCUUAAAAUCCGGUUGUUGAAUGCAAUAAAUUAGUUUCAGUUGGCGAUAAAUCUUGUUGAAAUCAAUAGCUAUUCAUUCUGCGUGACGCAUAAUGGCGCACGCAAAUACCACGUCGUAAACGUAACUCGUGAUGAUUGUCUACUACUUGGGAAACGUCGAUAUGUCUACCUCAUGAGAACCUGUGAAUAAUGAGUGAAACUCGAAAACUAGCAACACGUAAUGCCAUAUUUUAUUCAGUUGUUAAUAACAACUGAUAAACAAUAUUGUUGAAGUGGUCGUGUAAAUAAUGUUACUCUAAGAUGCUGAACCCAAUCAACGUCUCAUGUCAAUCAAGUAAAGACCAAAGUAAUUUUAAUCAAUACUAUUACCAAAUAUUUAUAAGGACCAAGUUCCACGUCGAUAUCGAUUAUCAUCAUAUAAUCGUUGGAGAAAUCGAGUGUAUCCUUUAAGACUUCUGUAUGGUUUAGAUGAAUGUUUUUGUUAUUCGUUUUGUAGUUUUGUAAAUAAAAUUAGAUUUAAUUUCUACUGCGAUGGUUAAGAGCAUGAUUUAGCAUAAACAGUAAUAUUAUAAUGGGUUAAGUGCAAAUAUACAUUUAAUUGCAUGAAUCAAGAUGUAAACGUGCGGUCGGUUUUCUAGAUUUCGAAGGCAUAUCUUGAUUUGCUGGAGAGACUACCCGCAUGCUUAUAACUUUUCCGUACAUAUUGUAUAUCGUUAAUCGCUCACAGUGUAUCGGAAUAUGGUGCUAUUGUUACUUCAUUUUAAUUACAUUUAAAUCGUACAUUGAAAACUCAAGUUUCUUACGCGAUAUGAAACUUGAGGCCGUAAUAUUUGUUACGGUUCUUGAUUCUUCCGCCACGUUUGCAAUAUAAUUAGAUUAUUGUGUCGUCAUCGAUUAAAUAUCGUAUUAAUAUUCGCAAAAUUCAUGUGCACUCUAUUGUGGCAGAUGAAAUGAGCUUAGAACUGAAAUUUUCACAUAAAAUACAUUUGCAUUUAUUUAUUGUUCUACAUCUAGUUGCUUGGUGUCUUCGGUUAUUGUUAUUUAUUUUAUUUAUCUUAUUUAUACAUGCUUCAAUCUAAA